UUAAAAAUAUCUUCCAUUGUUAAAAAAAAACUUAAUUUGGUUCCUUCUUUAUCUUGGCGGGUUUGUAGUUUCUUCUUUAUUGUACAAUUAUGAAGAAAUAAGAUUAGUUGUCUUUUAAAAUUACAAUGAAUAAUUUGGCUUCUUCAAAAAUUUGUAUCAGUGAGUUUAUGGUACUAUCUUGUAGUAAUAAAAUCGUGAAUACAUAAGGUUCGUUCCAAAUCAAUAUAGCGUUCUUUUAAUAUGGUUUACGAUCAUGAAUUUAUGAAUUUUUCGUAAAUAAAACUUUAAACAACUUAAUAAUUGAAGCGAAGUUAUCGCUUAAUUUUUCUUAAUUGUAUUUUAAAAGUUCUGCAUUGCUUAAAAAACGUCUUAGGAAAAUUGUUUACCACUUUUUCCUAUGAGUACUUCUCUCUCCUUAAUUAAAUAAAUACAUUUUUUCGUCCUUUUUUCCAACAACAGGUUGUUCGGGAGUCUACGGUUUCUUUAUCAUCUGUAUAUGUUGAUUGUACAAUCAUGAAGAUAUCAGAUUAGUUUUCUUUCAAAAUUACAACGAGUUGAUGCAUCGGAAAUUUGAAUCACCAAGUUUAUUUUACAGUGUGAUAAUAAUGAAGUGAUUCUUUCGUUCCACAUUCUUUUAAUAUCGUUUACGACUAUCAAUUUAUAAUCUUUCGUAACUGUAAAAUGUUGAACAACUAAAUGAUUCUAGCGAAGUUGUCGUUUAAUUCGAUCACAUUUUAAAAACUCUUCAUUGUUUAAAACAAGUUGUAGGAAAAUUGUUUAAAGUUUGUCUAGAUUAUAAGAAUUUUGUGGAUUCCCAAAAUUAAUUCCUUUUUAGAGCCCUUUCGUCAAUUAUAUUGUACAGCUAAAGAGCCUGCCAGGGGAAAGCCGAUGUUUACUGCACCCAAGUUCGCCCGCUCCGGGCAGUCUGGCAGGCAGGUAUGGUACUAAAGUUAUAAAUCAUAACGACAAAGAAACCCGUCGGAUUUAAGUACCAACUUCACCACAGUAAGUAGGCUAAAUACCUCCCUCUGAUAACGUUAAUGCACCCCAUCCUUUUAUACCUGCAUUAUUUGUAUAAUAUCUUUGAUCAUUCAUGAACACUAUUAUUACUAUCAAAUUUAAUUUAAUUUAAUUAAAGACGCUCUGCAGUUGUGUCGUACUCAUACUGGCAUUUGAAGAAUAGUGUGUAUAUAAAUAUUAUUGUACAAAUAGAGAAGGUAGAAAAGGAUGGGGUCCAGUAACGUUAUCAGAGGGAGAUAAUUACCCUAAGCUACUUACUGUGGUAAAGUACUUAAAUUCGACGGGUUUCUUUGUCGUUAUGAUAUGUAAUUUUAGUAAAAGUUUCUUAAAGUGGUGAAGCGACUACAAAUUUCUUGGAAAAGCUGCGAUUCGAAAAGGGCUAUAAAACAAAUUAACUCUGGGAGUCCAUAAAAUUCUUAUAAUUCUAGACAAACUUUAGUUCUUUUUACCAUGAGUUCUUUCUCAUCAAUAAAUUAAUACAUUUUUUUAACAACGUUUUUCGUAACUAAAUCAUUAAACAACUAAAUAGUUGUAGCAAAGUUAUCGCUUAAUUUUUCUUCAUUAUAUUUCAAAAACUCUUCAUUGUUUAACAAAAGCAACCAGUCGCCCGAUGGACUCGAUUACAAUACUUCCUUAGCUUACACUUGCUUAUAAAUAAAUUUUUUUAACAACGAAUUGUUCGGGCGUCUUAUAGUUCAUCAUCUGUAUACGUUUUUGUACUGUUAUGGAGGUCUCUGAUUAGGUUUUUGUUAAAAAAAAGUUUGGAUCACCGAUUUAAAUGAAUAUAUAAACUUCGUUCCAAGUCAAUACAGCAUUAUUUUAAUGGUUUACUACUCAAUUUAUGAUCUUUCAUAACUAUAAAACUUUAAACAACUAAAGAGUCGUGGCUUAAUUUUUGUUUCAUUACAUUUUAAAAACUAUUUCUGUGCUAAAACUAUUUGGACAAAGUAUAUACAAAACUGACAGUUUGUCGUGUUAUUUUUUUUUUACACGGAACUUUUUUGUUGUAGUUGUGCUUUUUUGUGGUCGAUAUAUUACAUAUUUUUUUUUACAACCAAUUGUUCGGGCGUCUACACUUUCCAAGUAUGAUAAAUUCAAAUCAGAAUUUAAAAAAAAACGAAAUUCUUUGAUUAAAAUUAUUGAUGCAAGUCAACUGAAACUUCUAAAGACAUUUUUACUUUUAAUUUAUUAAAAAAAUUGAAUUAACAGUGAUCAACGAACUUUAUAUAUAUGUGUGUAGCGUAUUCAAGGCUUUAAAAGUAUUUUUUAUAUUUAUAUGAUUUAUGCUGUGUAGUAUUAUUUUUUAAAGAAAAAUUGUAAUAAUGACUGUGUAUUUAGUCAUAUACUGCUUCCAUAUGCAAGACUGUUAAACGUGGCCAAGUUUACAAAUAUCCUGAUUUCAAAAAAUAAAAUAAAAGAAAUAAAUCAAUUUCCAUAUUGAAAUACAAAUAUUUUUAUAAACUUGACCGCACUCUAUACAAUUUGCCUCGAAACGAGAAGCAAAUAAGUGACCUUAGAAUCUAAGUAGAGCUCAUUCAAAUUUGGCGCGCUUUUGAUAAAAGAAACGGCUACAUUCCUGAAUUGAUUGCGGUUGAGAGGAUAAUUUUAAGGUUAUAAGCGUGAAUUUUGGCGAAAUAUGAACAAGCACACUCGUCGUGAACGUUUUCUUUUGGGGUUUUUCGCAACUAAAAGUUGGUUGAAUUUUUGUUGGUACGAAAUUUUGGAUUUUUUCUUGCCGUGUUCCGGAAACGGAUGGCGCGUUUUCGCAAGAUUUGAUUGGACAAAAGCGGUAGGAAAAUAAUUCUCGUGCAAUAGACUCUGUUACGCGAAAUUUACCUUAUGGUAAUAACGAAUAAAGUUUACGUCCGUGACGUCAGAGAAAUGUCACAUCGCCGCGCGCUCCCCGCGGCCCGCCGAGAUUCCCACCGUUUCUACAGUUGGCUCCCCUGACCCCGUCUUGCGCUUUUAGCUACGCUGUCGAUUCAGAUAGAAAGUCAAGAUGGCUGCGAGCAACAUCGCACACAAUUAUGGUGGCAUCAAUAAUAACUAACUUAACCCUAUCUAGUGGCGAAUUGUGAUAAUAUAACCUAAAAAGUGUAUUUUAUAAACAAGUUUAAAAAGACUAAUAAUAUUUGUGGUUCGGAGUAAAAGUGAAUUCCAUUUAAAACUCGUCGGCGUACUUGUACAAAAUGGCGUCACGUAGUGGUGUUGCAUGAACUUGAUGAUAAAAUCGCCAAAUUUUCGCGUUAAGGUCAAAAUUUGCCGAAAUUCAACGUUAUGAAAACAUUAAAGGACGUUUCGCGAUUGUUUUGGGAAAAUUUUCGUCGUGCUUGUUCAUAGUAAAAACGAGAUAUUGAAGAUAAACGUGGUGCAAGAUGCCUGAGACUGGUGACGUAUCAGAUUCAGAAAAUUCUGGGUCUGGAUCAGACAACGAAAGCAAAAGUGAUUCUUCAUCUAAUAACUCUGGAUCAGAAAGUGAUUCCGGCUCUUCGUCCUCCAGCGGGUCAGACUCGGGAGGAGAGGUCCUAUCAGGAAACGAUGACUCAAAAACCGACGGUAAAACAAGUCCUUUAGAAACUAGUCCCGAUACUUCAACCAACUCGCCAGAUUCAAAAUCUAAGAGAAAAUCAGACUCGAAAGAGUGGGAAGAAAAUCCGGACAUUUUUGGCAUCCGAAGAUCGUCUAGAUCACGUAAGGAACCGGAGCGACUGCAAAAUAAAGGCGAAGGAAAAAAGAAGAAAAGUGAUGAGUGGAGAUACAACGACGACGACAGUUCGUCUGAAUCGGAAGAAGAUAAGGAAAUCCCGCCUCCGAGCAAGAGGGUUGGAGCUAAACGUGCCACCGUGAAGAAAGCCAAGACUAAAACUAACUACAGUUCGGACGAUUCUAGUAUUGAUAGUGAUGAAGAUAAGAGAAGGACGGUUUCGAGGAGGACGGCAGGUGCUUCGGUUAGUUAUAAGGAAGAUAGUGAAGAAGAUAAAACUGACUCUGAAGACUUAUUAGAAGUAGAAUACACCGAGACAUCGGAACCUGUACCUGAAGAAAAAUGUGAAACUAUUGAAAAAAUUUUGGCACAGAGGAGAGGGAAGAAAGGAGUAACCGGAAACAUCACAACUAUGUACUAUAUUGAAGAUAACGGGGAUCCUAAUGAGGGAGUGGACCCGAAUGAUCUUGAAAACACGGAACAACAAUACGUCAUCAAGUGGAAAGAUUGGGCCCAUAUACAUAACACGUGGGAAUCGGAAGACUCGCUGAAGGAACAGAAGGUUAAAGGAAUCAAGAAGCUAGAAAAUUAUAUCAAGAAAGAGAUGGAAAUACAACAAUGGAUGAGGUACGCAACUCCCGAAGAUAUCGAAUACUACGAGUGUCAAUUGGAGCUGUCCCAAGAACUUUUGAAGAGUUACAACAACGUCGAGAGGAUUAUAGCGAAAUAUAAUAAACCCGACGGCGGCAUUGAUUACUUCAUCAAAUGGGAGAGUCUUCCGUACGCUGAUUCCACGUGGGAGGACUCCGUCUUAAUCCAGAAACGGUGGCCAAAGAAAAUCAAAGAAUUCGAAGACCGGGAACAAUCAAAGCAGACUCCCACCAAACACUGUAAAGUUUUGAAGUACAGGCCGAAAUUCCACGAGGUGAAAACGCAGCCUCAGUAUAUGAUGGGCGUUGAAAAGAACCUCGUUCUGAGGGACUACCAAAUGGACGGACUCAACUGGCUGAUCCACUCCUGGACGAAAGAAAACUCCGUUAUUCUGGCUGAUGAGAUGGGCCUGGGUAAAACAAUCCAGACGAUAUGCUUUCUGUAUUAUCUCUUCAACACCUAUCAAUUACACGGACCGUUCCUGUGCGUUGUGCCGUUGUCGACAAUGACGUCAUGGCAGCGGGAGUUUGCGCAGUGGGCUCCGGAGUUGAAUUUUGUUACGUACUUGGGGGACGUUCAAUCCCGAGAUACGAUCAGACAAUACGAGUGGAGCUACGAAGGUUCCAAGCGACUGAAAUUCAACGCCAUCUUAACCACCUACGAAAUAGUCCUCAAAGACAAAGCAUUCCUCGGUAGUUUAAGUUGGGCUGUGUUGUUAGUGGACGAAGCGCAUAGACUUAAAAAUGACGAUUCUCUACUCUACAAAGCUUUGAUGGAGUUCGACACGAACCACCGUCUGCUCAUCACGGGUACUCCUCUUCAAAACAGCCUCAAGGAACUUUGGGCUCUCCUCCACUUUAUUAUGCCUCAGAAGUUCCAGACUUGGGAAGAUUUUGAAAAGGAUCACGAGCACGCCUCCACCAAAGGCUACUCAAGGCUCCACAAGCAGUUGGAACCUUUCAUCCUUCGUAGGGUGAAGAAGGACGUAGAGAAGUCGUUGCCAGCCAAAGUCGAACAAAUCCUACGUGUGGAAAUGACGACGGUGCAAAAACAGUACUAUAAGUGGAUCCUUACGAAGAACUACAACGCGUUGCGUAAAGGCGUGAAGGGCUCGACCAACACCUUCUUAAAUAUCGUGAUCGAACUAAAAAAGUGUUGUAAUCACGCGUUGUUAACAAAACCGACCGAGUACGAGUCGAGCAAUACUCAGGAAGAUCAACUUCAGCUCUUGCUUCGCGGUUCCGGUAAACUAGUGUUGUUGGACAAACUGUUGAUUCGUUUGCGCGAGACGGGUCAUAGGGUGUUGAUAUUCUCCCAAAUGGUGAGAAUGUUGGAUAUUUUAGGUGAAUAUCUGCAGUUGCGCCAUUUUCCGUUUCAACGUUUGGACGGCGGUAUUAAAGGCGAAAUGAGAAAGCAAGCGCUGGAUCAUUUCAACGCCGAAGGAUCUCAAGACUUUUGUUUUCUUUUGUCGACGCGUGCUGGCGGUUUAGGUAUUAAUUUAGCGACGGCUGAUACUGUGAUUAUAUUCGAUUCGGACUGGAAUCCUCAAAACGACCUACAGGCUCAAGCGAGGGCCCACAGGAUCGGGCAGAAAAACCAAGUCAACAUCUACAGGUUAGUCACCGCGCGGUCAGUAGAAGAAGAGAUUGUUGAACGUGCCAAACAAAAAAUGGUAUUAGAUCACCUCGUCAUCCAAAGAAUGGACACCACGGGACGGACGGUACUGGACAAGAAAGGGUCGUCUAAUAACAACCCGUUCAACAAAGAGGACCUCACGGCGAUCCUCAAAUUCGGGGCUGAAGAAUUGUUCAAAGACGAAGAUGACAAAGACGAGGAACCAAAUUGCGACAUCGACGAAAUUCUCAGAAGAGCGGAAACCCGGGACGAAGCACCCACUUUAGCCGGGGACGAACUCUUAUCGGCAUUCAAGGUAGCCAAUUUUGCCGCUUUCGACGAAGACACGGAACCUUCCCCAGUAAACGCAACCCCCGCAGACGACGAAAGUAAAGAUUGGGACGAAAUCAUUCCUGAAAAGCUCCGAAAGAAGGUCGAAGAAGAAGAAAGAUCCAAGGAGAUGGAGGACCUGUACCUUCCCCCGCGAUCCCGGAAGACGCUCCAGCAGAUCAACCAGUCGGAAAGCGACGGCGAAGAUGGCAAAGGCAAGAAGAAAAAGAAGAAAGAGGCGGAGGACUCGGGUGGGUCGAGCGGCGAAGGGGAUGAUAGCGACGAAGAAAGACCGCGGAAAAGGGGGCGACCACCUUUAGCUAACCGAGAACGAAUUAAGAACUUCACGGACGUUGAGAUCCGGCGAUUCGUGAAGAGUUAUAAGAAAUUCAGCGCUCCUUUGAAGAGGUUAGAGGCGGUAGCUUGCGACGCGGAAUUGCAAGAAAAGCCGUUAGCCGAGCUGCGGAAGCUUGGCGAACUACUUCAUGAAAGGUGUCGCGCUUACAUGGGCGAACACACCAAAGAAAACGAAGGUACUCAAGAUGAAACUAGUCGUGGUAGGAAGCGCAUGCGCGGUCCGUCGUUCAAACUGGGCGGAGUUUCCGUAAACGCCAAAACGAUGAUGGCUUGUGAGGAGGAACUCCAACCUUUAGAUGAAGUGCUUCCGUCUAAUCCGGACGAACGGAGUAAAUGGGUUUUGGAUGCCCGAACCAAACCGGCUCACUUCGACGUCGAAUGGGACGUCAACGAAGACUCGAAAUUGCUUCAAGGGAUAUACGUUUAUGGAAUGGGGUCGUGGGAGCAGAUCAAAUUGGACCCGACUUUCGGGAUCGGUGAUAAAAUCCUAUUAAACGAGGAUAAAAAACCACAAGCCAAACAUCUCCAGUCAAGGGCGGAAUACUUACUAAAAAUCUUAAAGAAACAAUUAGAUCAGAAGAAAGGUGUCUCCAAACCAAAGAGACAACGGAAGUCGAAAGAAACCAAAGCUUUGACUAAAGAAAUCAUCGACAAUGAUGAUAUUAGUUCAAACGAUGAAGCGUCUGCCGUUACGUCGUCGACCAGUACGGCGACAGCCGUUCCUAAAAAGAGCAAAUCCACACCCAAAAAGGACGACGAUAAAGAAGCCGAUAGUUCCACGAAGUCACACAGCGAGAAAAAGGAGAAGAAGAAAGACAAAAAGAAAGAUAAGAAAGUCGCAGGACCAAUGCACUUCACAGCAAACAACGAACCCACAGCAGUACACGUAUUGGGUGAUUUAGAUCCUUCCAUAUUCAAUGAAUGUAAAGAAAAAAUGAGACCGGUUAAAAAAGCACUCAAAGCACUUGAUAAUCCAGAUCAGUCUUUAUCCGAAGCGGAACAGGUAAAUCACACCAGACUUUGCCUAAUCCAAAUCGGCGAACAAAUCAGCCACUGCUUGAACGAGUACAACGAUCCGGAAAAAAUUAAAGAGUGGAGAAGUAAUUUAUGGUACUUCGUUUCAAAAUUCACUGAAUUCGAUUCAAAAAAGUUAUACAAGUUGUACAAAAGAGCAUGCAAAAAGUCAGACAAAAUGGAGAAGAAGGCUGAGGAUGCAUCCGGUAGCACAAGCAAAGAAAGGAAGAGCGAUAGUAAAGACGAUCGCGAACAUACAAACAAAAGACGCCACGAAGGUGACGAAAAAGAGGAACGCGAAUCCAAGAAACAUCACUCAGAAAAGAAAGAAAAGCGCGACAAAAGUGAAAAAGAGAAAGAAAAGAAGAGGAAAAAUCGUGACGAACCAGAAGAAGAAGGUGAAUGGUCUCGCUAUGGUCGCAGUAGCCGAAAACCCAGUUCCAUGCAGAAAGGUGGUUUUCGACAUGACCAAAUGUCUCAUGUUGAGCAUGAAAGGUGGGCAGGUGGGCAAUCUAGAGACCGUUUCGCCGACCAUAAACGUGAUAGGUACGACUAUCCGCGACAGGGUGGAUACCACAGGGGUGACUUUAAUCGUUCUGAUAAAAGAUCUCCCGAUGGUCCCGAUCUGUGGCGGUUUCCAAGAAAUCCACGGGACGCGAUGCCUCCCAUGGGUCAAAGACCGCCAAUUUACUACGGUCCUUCUCCAAAUUUUCCUUCAGCCAUGCCCGUGUACAUACCCGAACAGUUUCAAAGAGACCGAUUUGCAGCUGGUGACUGGCGUCCAGGAGAAAGAGACUUUAGACGCGAGUACGAUAGGCGGCCACAAUAGAUUAAUAUCGUAAUCUAGGAAGAAAAUGUGUGCAUAACAAUGUACAGUGUUUAAAAUGUGGGGUGAUUAUUAACUGUUUUGAAAAGUUGUUGAGAGUUUUCCGUUGUAUUUAUGUUUCCUUUUUGUUUGUCUCAAUGAUUUUUCAUCCGUGUCCUGCAUUUUUUUCAUUACCAAAAGAUGUUUUAUAUUAUUUUACGCAAUUAUAGUUAAAUCCCAAAAAGGUGGCUGUGUUAUGCCAACACAAUUCUGAUGUGCAGGCCUAUCCAACCAGUGUAAAUGACAACUUAAAUGUAAAUACAAAUAGAUAUGUUUUGAUAA